AUGUUGAGAAUCCCCCGCUUAUCUCCCAGAAUCGGCUCCUCGGUACUCCGCAGCAGCCGUGCCGGGGCUGUAUCCAGAGUGUCCACGCUUGCUGUUCGCUCAGUGAGCCAGCUUGCACAGGUGAAAGUUCCCCCCACACUCACAAACGAACCCAUCAAGGAGUUUUCGUUUGCGCACCAGAAAGACUGGGAUCUUUUGCGUGCCUCCAUUACCAAAUUCACGGAUUCUGCGUUAGACAUUCCGCUAGUCAUCAAUGGAAAGAGAAUCUUUAACAGACCCACAGUUGCCCAGGUGAACCCUGCCAAGCAUUCGCAGGUGUUGGCUAAUUUUGCCCAAGCAAACAAAGACGACGUGCGCGCUGCCAUCAAGGCCAGCAAAGACGCCAAGGAAAAAUGGUCCAAGAUGGCGUGGACGGACAGAGCCGCAGUGUUCUUGAAGGCCGCAGACUUGAUUGCCACUAAGUACAGAUACGACAUGUUGGCGGCCACGAUGCUCGGCCAGGGUAAGAACGUGUACCAGGCCGAAAUCGACAGUAUCACGGAAUUGGCCGACUUCUUGAGAUUCAACGUCAAGUAUGCCGAGGAGUUGUACCAACAACAGCCCAUAGAGUCUUCUCCUGGUGUGUGGAACAGAGCUGAGUACAGACCCUUGGAGGGCUUUGUAUACGCUGUGACGCCUUUCAACUUCACCGCCAUUGCCGGCAACUUGGUGGGCGCGCCCGCGUUGAUGGGAAAUACUGUCGUGUGGAAGCCAUCUGCUACAGCUGUGCUUUCCAACUAUCUUCUCUUGUCAAUUUUGGAGGAGGCUGGCUUGCCCGCAGGUGUUGUCAACUUCAUUCCUGGAAACCCAGUUGAGAUCACCGACUUGGUCGUGAACGACCGUGACUUUGCCUCGUUGCAUUUCACCGGCUCCACCCAGGUAUUCAAGACCUUAUAUGGCACAAUUGCCUCCAACUUGGCCAAAGACGUCUACAGAGACUACCCAAGAGUUGUGGGCGAGACAGGUGGCAAGAACUUCCACUUGAUCCACGAGUCCUCCCCCGUUGACCACGCCGUGUUGUCCACGUUGAGAGGCGCUUUCGAAUACCAGGGCCAGAAAUGUUCUGCCACGUCCAGAGUUUACGUCCCACAGUCCAUGUGGCCAGAGUUUAAGGAGAAGCUUUCCGCUGCCAUGGACAACAUCACUAUCGGAAACACUACCGAGACGUCUACGCUUCACAACUUCAUGGGCCCUGUCAUCCAUCAGCAAUCGUUUGACAAGUUGGCCGGUGCCAUUGAGCGUGCUAAGACGGACCCAGAGUUGACCAUUGUCAAGGGCGGUGAGACUGACAGUACAACUGGUUUCUAUGUGCAGCCAACUUUGAUCGAGACUUCCAACCCCGAGCACGAGUACUUGUCUAAAGAAUUCUUUGGACCCGUCUUGACUGCAUACGCUUACCCAGAUGGCGAGUUUGAGGCCAUCAUGGACAAGAUCGACUCUGUUUCGAUGUACGGCUUGACCGGCUCCAUCUUCGCCAAAGACCGUGAUGCCAUCAGGUUGGCCGAAGAGAAGUUGAGAUACUGUGCUGGAAACUUUUACAUUAACGACAAGUCCACAGGUGCAGUUGUUGCUCAGCAAUGGUUCGGUGGUGCCAGAAUGUCUGGCACUAACGACAAGGCUGGGUCCGGCAAUAUCUUAACGAGAUUCGUGUCCAUCAGAAAUGUGAAGGAGAACUUCUUGGAGUUGAACGAUUUCAAAUACCCAUCUAACUACAACUAG